AUCCGUGAAUUAUGAGGAAACUUUUUAAUUGUUACAUCUACAAUGCCUUUCAUCCUAAGAGAAGAAAAAGAAAGAAAAGACAAAAGCAGGUUGGACAGUUUCGUCUUCCACAAAGCCUUCUACAAAGGAAAGUGCCAGAGCAAUCACGGGGGCCAACCCACUCCAGCCAUAAAAACACAAGCAGAAGAAAACUCCGGUCAGGUCAACCCCAUCAGAGGGCCCACGGAAGUAGGUGCGAAUGGCCCAUCAGAAUCACAAAGCUCAAUCCCCAAAAAAGAGGGGAAUUAUUCAAGCAAGAACACGAUUUCACACCUACAGGAUGCAUGGGAGGUCACGGAUAAUACAUUUUCUCCGCUACCUCAGCCAGGACUACUCAUGCCAGAGUCUUUUUCCUCCCGCUUGAUGUCAAUUACUCUCCCUUCAACAUUAUUCUAUGUCCAUCCGUCUCUCCUCCGAGAAUUAGAUUUGUCCCACACUACUAUCAAGUCCUUACCAGAAUCUCUUCCCAACUUGGUUGCACUUCAGAAGCUCAUUCUAAAAUGCUGUGAUCUCUUCAUGGAACUCUCCCCUCAAGUUGGAGAACUGCUGAAUCUUGAGGAGCUUGAUCUCAGUGAAACUGAAAUUCUAGGCCUGCCACAAGAGAUCAGGAAGUUGUCCAAAUUAAAAUAUUUGAGAGUAUCAUUUUAUGGAUAUUUGAAUUGUGGAAAGGGAUUACAGCAAACUGCACUAGUUCAUACGGGGACAAUAUCAGCUCUCUCUCAGCUGACUGAAUUAAGCAUUGAUGCCAAUCCUGACGAUGAGCGUUGGAAUGCAGUCGUUGAAGCUGUUGUAGAGGAAACCUGCAACUUGAAAACAUUGGGGUGCCUAAUCUUGUACCUGCCUAAUAUUGAGAGUUUGGGAAAACGCAGAAUAGGUAGCACAUCACUCAGUUAUUAUCCCUUGCGUGGGUUCAAGUUUACUGUUGGCCAACAUAAACAGCGCAGCAUCUCUCGAGUACCAAAAGAAGUUAAGGCUCAUUUUCAAGAAUGGGACAAAUGCUUAAAGUUUGUUAAGGGAAAGGAUAUCCCGAGGGAAAUGAAAAGCGUACUUAAAUCUACAACAGCAUUCUACUUGGACUGUCAUGCCACUGCUAGAAGUUUGAGCGAUUUUGGGAUUGAGAAUAUGCAACAGCUAGAAUUUUGCUUAUUGGCAGAAUGUAAUGAAAUCCAAACCAUCAUAAAUGGUGUAGAGUCUUGCAAAGAACCAGCUGAUAUGUUAGAAGAUGAUCUAGAUAAUUCUGAAUCUCUAAGGUCACAUUCUGCUCUAGAACCUGCACUUUUGAAUCUACAGCACUUGCAUAUCUUUUACCUGAAGAAAUUAGUAAGCAUUUGGAACCCAAUCUGUAAGAAGCAAUGUUUAUCUAGCUUAAAGUUCCUAACACUUCAUAUGUGCCCCAAAUUGGGUGCCAUUUUCUCUCCAGCUUUGAUGGCUACUCUUGGCAAGUUGGAAGUACUUGUUGUCAAAAAUUGCCCUGAAGUGACCUGUGUAGUAAAAGGAAGAUGCAAUGAAUUCAUUAACCCUUUGAUACCUUAUCUUCCUAGCUUAAAAAGGAUAUCACUCCUUUACCUACCAAAACUGGUCAGCAUUUCUGGCGGAUUUCAAAUUGCACCAAAACUAGAAAAAAUAGGAUUUUACAAUUGCCCAAAGCUUGAGUGUCUUAGUACAAGGGAAAUGUCAAGUGGAGAUUUGGUAGUGAUAAGAGGAGAAAGUAAGUGGUGGGAAGCAUUGAAUUGGCAUAAAUCAGAUUGGUGGAAUAAGAAUCGGCUUGAUUAUCUCCAAAGCAUUUUCUCCCCAUUAUCAAGGGAGAAAGAUGUGAUGACACAAAUGGAAGAGAUGUAGAUGUCCAUCAACUAUCAAGCAAUCAAACAAGAACGGUAUUCAGUAGCCAAGGAGAUAUUUUAUUUAUUGUUAUUUUAUCAGUAUAUUUGCAUAGUCUAAUGAUUUGAAUUUUAUACACCUUGUAGUCUUUCAGAUAUUUAUGACCUAAAAUUUAUUCAGAAUAUUCUACAUUUUUCACACUCUCAUUUCCUUUCUGUCGAUGAGUGACUAGACCAGGACAAUUUACCUAAAUCUAGGAACUAGAUGCAAAGACAUACACUGGUUAUGUGGAUCUUGUCAGAUUUUAGAUGAAGUCACAGAGGCAGUGUUGAGAUUCAAGCCUCGGAAUUGGGCUGAAAGUUUGUUUUCUAAUAUAACUGUAUCAAACCUUGUGUGUUUUUGAAAUUUAUGUGAUGUUGAACUGGUAAGUGUACCAAUCAUUUCCCUUAUCGAAUAAAUAUUUUUAAUACUG